AAAUCCUAGCCGUUAAAUCCUCAGCCGCCCGGUAUCGUUUUCUUUUCCCCCAAACUGAAGCUCGAAUUCUCCGAGAACCCUACCGAUUCAUAGUGAAUUUUCGGUAAUCUCAUCGGAAUUCGAUUGUGGGGAAAUAGAAAACGAUUAUGAUUAAUAUUAAGCCGGCGGAGGCGAGGGCCACGGCGCCGGGGACGGCGAGCUCCGCCUCGAUCGUAUCGUUCAUCUCCAAGGGUUUGCGGGAGAUGCGUACCUCAGCCGACGCGGAUUUUGAGCUCCUCAGGAACCGAGCCAACUCCAUCUUCAAACUUGCCGACCAGGGGGUGGAGCACUUCAUUAACUCCGCCUCGUUUACUGUCCCUACAGUUACGGCGUCGGCUGUCUCAACUCCGGCGGAGAUCGAGUUCGUCAAGAAGCUCCGCCCCAAGAUUUCGGAAUUUCGGAGGGCGUACUCGUCGCCGGACUUCAAGUGGGGCACGAAAGGGAAGCUUCGGAUUGACUUGUCAGCGUUUAGGAACGCGAUUGCGCCGGAUGUGGAGGAGGACAGCGAAAGUGAGAGGUGGAGGACGUGGAGGCGGCUGAGGUUCACGGAAGGAGGGGGAAAGGAGGAAGGGCACUCCGGGGAAUCCAGUUGGGAGCCAAUUAAAGCCUUCCAGACGCGGUGUAAGGAGAUUGAGGCAGAGCUCAAGACUACAAGCUCUUCACCGGCGGAGAUUCUUGAAGGGAUUAAGAAUAGCGAAUUCGUAGAGAAAGUAAAAUCAAGUCUGAAAUCAAUUUGCAAGGAGCCAGAGGAAACAAAGGAAGUGCCACCAUUGGAUGUGCCAGAAUUGUUGGCGUAUUUGGUAAGACAGUCCAGCCCCUUUUUGGAUCAGCUUGGAAUUAGAAGAGAAAUAUCAGACAAGAUAGUGGAGAAUUUAGUCAGUAAACGCAAGAACCAGAUGUUGCAGUCUUUACCUGAAGGAGAGUCCUUAAUCGUUGCAAGUGAUAGUAUUUCUGAUGAACUGGAUUUAAGAAUUGCCACUGUUCUACAAAGUACGGGUCAUUCUUAUGAAGGUGGCUUUUGGACUGAUUCAACAAAAAAGAACCAUUCAGAUGGUAAAAGGCAUGUAUCCAUAAUCACAACUGCUAGCCUUCCUUGGAUGACUGGAACAGCUGUAAACCCACUGUUCCGAGCUGCUUAUUUGGCCAACACUGCGAAGCAGAAUGUUACAUUGUUGGUUCCAUGGCUUUGUAAAUCUGACCAAGAGCUGGUUUAUCCGAACAAUCUCACGUUUAGCUCAGCAGAAGAGCAGGAAAAUUAUAUGCGCAACUGGCUUGAGGAGAGGAUUGGUUUUAAGACCAAUUUCAAGAUCUCAUUUUAUCCUGCAAAGUUCUCAAAAUCAAGGCGGAGUAUAAUACCUGCUGGAGAUACUACUCAGUUCAUUCCAUCAAAGGAUGCUGAUAUUGCAAUCUUGGAGGAGCCAGAACAUCUCAACUGGUACCAUCACGGUAAACGCUGGACUGAUAAAUUUAACCAUGUGGUCGGUAUUGUUCACACAAAUUACUUGGAGUAUAUCAAGAGAGAGAAGAAUGGGGCUCUGCAAGCUUUCUUUGUUAAACAUAUAAAUAAUUGGGUCACAAGAGUGUACUGUCACAAGGUUCUCCGCCUUUCUGCUGCAACACAAGAUUUACCAAAGUCCACUAUAUGCAAUGUUCAUGGUGUCAAUCCAAAGUUUCUGAAGAUUGGUGAUAAAAUUGCUGCUGACCGGGAACGUGGAGAGCAGGUUUUCUCAAAAGGAGCAUAUUUCUUAGGCAAGAUGGUUUGGGCAAAGGGGUACAGAGAGUUGAUUGAUCUCCUAUCAAAGCAGAAAAAGGAUCUCGACGGCUUCAACUUGGAUGCUUUUGGAAACGGGGAAGAUGCUCAUGAAGUUCAGAACGCAGCUAAACGGUUGAAUCUAAAUGUCAACUUUAUGAAAGGCAGAGACCAUGCUGAUGAUUCUCUUCACGGUUACAAGGUCUUUAUAAAUCCCAGUGUAAGCGAUGUGCUGUGCACCGCAACAGCUGAGGCUCUUGCCAUGGGUAAAUUUGUUGUUUGUGCCGACCACCCAUCAAAUGAGUUUUUCAGGGCAUUCCCCAACUGCUUGACAUACAAGUCACCAGAAGAGUUUGUAGCCAAAAUUAAAGAAGCAAUGUCCAGCGAGCCUCAGCCUCUUACCCCCGAGCAGAGAUAUAAGCUCUCAUGGGAGGCUGCCACGCAAAGAUUCCUAGAAUUUUCUGACCUCGACAAGAUCUUGAACAACGAAACGCUUCUAGACAGAAGAAACCAGAAGGGCAUUGUGAAAUCAACUUCCAUGCCCAACCUGGGAGAAAUGGUCGAUGGUAGCUUGGCAUUCGCCCAUUAUUGUCUCACGGGGAAUGAGUUUCUGAGGUUGUGCACUGGUGCUAUUCCAGGUACGCGGGACUAUAGCAAAGAACAUUCUAACGAUCUCCAUCUUUUGCCCCCUGAAGUGGAAAACCCAGUGUAUACCUGGUAGGUAGGUACAUAUAUAAAUGAGCUGUAGAUUAAUUUUUCGUGUUGUGUAUCAUAGAUAUACACCAUGCCACUUGAAUAAUAUGCUUUGUAGUUUAGGUUGUUGAUACCCGUGUCCUGUAAUUGUGUACUGGUUGUACAAUUUAGGCAAAGAAAACUAUAUAUCAAAAUCAAAUGAAAUGCUAUGUUAGCACCCACAGCCCACAGCCCACAGCACGAUUAAAUGUGCUAUGAAAAUUUGCUUUGGAUGACGGGAGAAACUCGCAAUCACUAUUUGAUGGUA